ACAAUUAGACGACAUUCUCCAAAGGCUAAUUAAGUUGUUAGUGGCAAGGUUGGGUGGGGUGCGGGCCAAAGCAUUCUGAUUUAGGCUUCGGACUGAUUAGAUGGGGUGGUGCCGCGGGGCUGGCCGGCUGUCCAAAUUGGGGAGUUAAUCAACGAAUUCAAUUAGCGGAGGCUUUCUAAUUCGAAACUCCCCAGUGGAAAUACAUCUCCAGACACAGGUCUGCCUUUCCUGCCACACAGCCUGCCGCAGCGAAGCCUUUGCCGGCAAGUGGUCUGCCUUGCCAGAUCGUUGCGUCAUCAGAUCGGAGCUCCAUCGAGGCACAGUCCCAGCCGCAGCCGCAGCUUCUUGCCCCAACCGCCAGCAACAACAGCAUCCACGAGAAUUGCAUUCAUGCAUCGUCCACUUCAGCCAGAUACUUCACAAAUUGGUGCUGUUGGCCCGCUUUGUUGACUGUUUUGUCUGACGCUCAGCUCAGAUCGAAAUCGUUUGGCUAUCUACUCGAGCCAUCUGUCCGCAGUGUCCGCACUGCCGCUCUGUCCGAUCGUAGCUCUGUCCGUUAAGAGUGCGUGGAUCGGAUCGCAUCGGAUCGGAUCGGUGUGCACUAUAAAAGUAACGCAAUGCACGCAAUCCAUUUACAGUUGCAGUUCUCCCUCGAAGCCAAGCGAAUCAAAGCCAAGCAGACAUGAAACUUCUGAUUCUUACCACCACGCUGCUGGCUGUGGCCAGUGCCGCCCCCGGACUACUCGACUAUGGACUGGGACACACGGCACCUGCCAUCAGCUACGGACAUGCUGCCCCAGCGAUCAGCUAUGCCCCAGCUCCGUCCUACAGCUAUGCGGCACAUGCUCCGUCCUACAGCUAUGCGGCACAUGCUCCGUCCUACAGCUAUGCUGCUCCCGCGGUGGUCAAGUCGUAUACGGCGCCUGUGGCAGUGGCUGCUCCAGUGGCUGUUAAGUCGUAUGCUCCGGCCACCAGCUACUCUCAUUUCAGUUCGGUUGUUUCCCAUGCCACGCCCAUUGUUAAAUCAUAUGCUGCUCCGGCCAUUAGCUACGCUGCACCUGCCGUAGUGAAGUCAUACGCCGCCCCAGCCAUUAGCUACGCAGCGCCUGCCGUAGUGAAGUCAUACGCCGCCCCAGCCAUUAGCUACGCAGCGCCUGCCGUAGUGAAGUCAUACGCCGCCCCAGCCAUUAGCUACGCAGCGCCUGCCGUAGUGAAGUCAUACGCCGCCCCAGCCAUUAGCUACGCAGCGCCUACCGUAGUGAAGUCAUACGCCGCCCCAGCCAUUAGCUACGCUGCACCGUACGAUGACCACUAUGGUUAUCACUAAGCGGACGCUGCUCCAUCAGGGGAUGGGGAUGGACGCGGAUCAGGUCGAGAAGCCAGUUGUGAGGCAUGGAGCGGCAGCAGCCGAGGCACGUUCUUCCUUUAGUAUUUCCCACAGUCCAAAAGUAGUCGAAAUCCUUCUUUCUAUCUGAAACGAACCGAACCGGAUCUGUCUCUGAAUAUUUCGUAUUUAUUAAGAACCCAUUAAUAACAUAUCUCUCUCACUGCAAAUAAAGGAAAUUCAUUCGAUUUUUCAAA